UCAGCCGGCCGGCAGGACUCCGCUCUCGUGUUGGCUGCUACUUGCUACUCGAGUGCUCGCUCGCUGCACUUUCAGUUUCACUGCAAACUAUCUUUUCUAUUUGGGAGAGGAAAUCUAGAUUGACUUGUUCCAGCAGUGAAGACCGAAAGCGGUAAGAGACUUUAGACAGUAAACUUCCUCAUAUAUCUCAACAGCUUACCACUGCACUGGCCACUCGUUGCCUAUUGUAAGUUUUGCCUUGGAUUUGUUAUUAAGUGAUGGUCGUGACUGUGGACUGCAGCUAGUGCAAGCUUCUAUUGAACUUCAAGUGCCACUUCUACUAUUUAUACUUAUUCUCUUCUAGAUCAGUGUGUGAUCCUGCUGAGCUGAGUGAUCAAGGCAAAUUGACAUUAUUAUUGAUGAUAUUCAUAGUCACAGAACUGUACACCUUCAAUCUACAACAAGUACAACUUCAAGUAACAACAUCUCAAAAUGGUUUUCUACAGUGAAUUGAGAAUAACGAUCCUUAUUCUCACAUUGUGCUUGUGUCACUGUACUGCGUAUUUAUGCAAGCAAAUCGAUGCAGAGAAGAGUAAUUGCCGUUGCCAAUUUGAUGAUCCAUCAAAUAAAGUGGUAGAUUUUACAUCCAUCUCUCGCAACGAUGGUCAUCCAAAAUUUCCUUUUGAUGGAUAUAGUACUAUAGCAUCGGAUUGGAACUAUGCGUUUAACCCUUGUUUUCCAUUUAAUGGACCAAGCGUGUGCGCUGGGAAAGCUGUUUGUCAGCAGAAUAAGAAGACACCUGAUACUGUGUAUAACCUAGGUGAAGUUAAGCCUACUGUAUGGAACCCUAAAGAUGAAAACACCAUUACAGUCACCUAUACAUCAUCUGAUAAUAUAAGGACAUCACUUGUCAGCUUCAUAUGUGAUAAAAAUGCUGUCAAAACUCCAAUUCUUGAGUUCACUAAUGAAGACCCUACAAACAGUUAUAAUUUUAAUGUAAAGACUUGUCUUGCUUGCCUUGAAACUGUGCCAGGAUGUAUCACUUCAAAAAGCAACUUAACUACUGGAGGAGUGCUGUGUAUUAUCUUUACUGUUCUGGUAGUGGUGUAUAUUGGAGGAGGGAUUCUCUUCCAAAAGUUUGGCCGAGGUGCGACGGGUAAAGAACUGAUUCCAAAUUAUGCAUUCUGGUCAGACUUUCCUGCUUUGAUCAAGGAUGGUUUUCUCUUUAUGAUAUCACCAUGUACCAAAAACGAUGGAUACUCAUCAAUUUGAAAAUGGCUUCAUUGAUCAUGUGGAGAUAGCAAGAGAGAGAGGAUCGUUCACUGAUAGCUGAUUUUAUGGACAAAGUAUUGAGAGGACUGAGUUUGUAAUUCAAAUGUUUUUCUUCAUACAUCUUUUAAAAUCCAAUAAUCCUUUAAUAUCAAUUGUCAAGGAACUUUGUAUACCGUCUAUGAAUACAGUUAGAUCUGCAUACUAGGAUGAUUUCCAUCUCUCUCUCUCACUCUCUCUUUCUCUUUCUUUCUCUCUUGCUAACUCUAUCUUGUUUGAGCUAAUAUCUUGUUGCGUGACUUCAUGAAAUUCUCUCAAGGUAUCAAGGUAGACCUAUUUGAAAUCUAGAAAAGUGAAAUUGAAUGCGAGAAAGAAGGUCAUCAUUUUAUCAACUUGGCAAACAAAGAAAUCAGAAUCGUUAAUUUAUUGAUAGUAAUUUUGUUGAAGUGGAAAAUAGAGAAGGUAUAUCAAGUUAUCAAGAAGGUGAAAUUGAAUAAAUUAUUUAUCAAAGAUCAGAACAAGGUCAUUUCAUUACAUCAGGAAACAAUGAAAGUGAAAAUAUCUUUUUAUUUAUGAAAAAUAACAGGGUCAUUGUAUUAUAAUGGAAUGAAAAAAAAAAUGUUUUUGUUUAUUUAUGGUAAACAAACAAGGUCAAUGUAUUUAUUAUAAAGAAAACAAAAUGAAAUUGUCUUUUUAAUUUAAACAAGGUCAUUGUAUUAUAAUGGAAAAAAACCUUGAAAUGGUCUAUAUCAUGGUAAAAACAUACAGGUUAUUGACAUUUUUGUCUCACCUGCAUAGCAGAGCGAGACUAUAAUUGCCGCUUUUCUGACAGCAGUGGCUAUGGUGGUGCCAUUAACAUCAAAUCUUAACCUAAGGUUCAGUUUUUGAAAUGACGUCAUAACUUCGAAAGUAUAUAGACCUAGUUCAUGA